AUGGCUGCGGCGAAGCAACGGUUGUCCGAUUGCUUGGUCAGGCGGCAAGGUAUCGAGACCAUGCGCAACCAGGUGGAAAAGUUCAUCGCGAAGUUCAACGCUGAGACGGACACGUGCCAGAUUCCUGUCCGUUUGGAGAGUUUGGAUCGAGCGUACCGCGAUUUCCUCGAAGUCCAAGCCGAGCUCGAACGCACCGAUAAAUCCGAGUAUUUGGAAACUCAUUUGACGGAACGAGCCGACUUCGAGACGAGAUACUGCGAAGCCAAGGGAUUUUUGCUGUCGAAGCGGACCGAGGAGCAGAACCUGACCGCAAUGAACAGCACCAUGAACACCAGCCAGCCUACCCAUCCAGUAUCCUUCCACCUACGCCUACCCAAGAUCGAUCUGCCGAAAUUUGAUGGAGAUUUCUCUCGUUGGCUGUCCUUCCGUGAUGCGUUCACGUCGAUGGUGCAUUCGAAUCCAGACAUCCCAACAGUGGCGAAGCUGCAGUACUUGUUGAACUCACUCGUGGAUAAGGCAGCACUGCAGUUCGAGAACGUGGAGAUAGAGGCAGACAAGUAUGCGCCAACGUGGGACGAACUGCUGAAGCGCUACGACAACAAGCGGUUCCUGAAGCGCAAACUGUUCCAUGCCCUGUACGAUCUGCCUUCGCUGAAGCGCGAAUCCGCUAGUGACCUGCGUACGCUCGUGGACGAUUUUCACCGGCAUGUGAAGGCGUUGGAAAAGCUGAAAGAGCCAGUCGCACACUGGGACACACCUCUUGUCAGCAUCCUGUGCUACAAGCUGGACUCCAGAUCGCUGCGUGCUUGGGAGGAGCACACUAGCAAAGACGAAGUUGUGACGUACGCAAUGCUGACCGACUUCCUGUACCAACGGUUGAGAAUGCUUGAAUCCGUCCGUGAGACCUCAGAGCAGCAGCAGCCGUCCAAGGUGGCCGGUACCAAUCCCCAUCCGUUCCAGAAGAAGCCGUUCAAGGUCGUAUCCAACGCUGUCGCAUCUAGGACGUACAGCAACAAUCCACAGUGUCUGGCCUGCUCGGAAUCCCAUCGUUUGUUUGAAUGCCCAGUGUUUGCCAGGAAGUCCAUCCAACAACGCCAAGAUUUGGUGUACCAGAAGCGCCUCUGCUGGAACUGCUUCCGAUCCGGACACCAAUCUCGGAAUUGCUUGUCGAGAUUUACGUGCCAGGUCUGCCACGAGAAGCAUCACACCCUGUUGCACCGAGAUGCACCCCCGAAGAUGUCGUCAACCCAAGCCGCGCCGAAGAAGCCAUCCCAGCAACCGAUCCAAUCCACGUCGACGUCGGUGGAUCCCGCACCUAGCACGUCGAACCCAGAAUCCCAAGUUAGCUUGUCGGUCCAGUCGCACCGAAGCACAGUACUCCUGGAGACGGUUGCACUUGAAGUUCUUGGCCAGAACGGAAAGAAGUAUCCUGCUAGAGCCCUGCUCGAUUCGGCGUCCAUGUGCAACUUCAUCACGAAGAAGCUUGCGAACACCCUGAACCUCCGUCGAAAGAAGGUCGACAUCGAUGUAGCAGGGAUCGGAGAAUCCACGAAGCAGAUCAAGUGCCAGCUGACUGCAACCAUCCAAUCCAAGUACACUCCGUACGCUGCUAAGCUCGAGUUCCUUAUCCUGAAGAGACCGACGAUCAACCUGCCAACCAUUCCAGUCGACGUAUCCCAGUGGAAGCUACCUGAAGUUUCGUUGGCAGAUCCCAAGUUCAACGUUCCGUCUGAUAUUGACAUUGUUAUCGGCGGAGAAUCCUACCACGAGCUGCACACUGGCAGCAAGCAGACCCUCGACGAGGGCCUCCCGUUGAUGAUCGAGACAGUGUUUGGGUGGACCGUAUCCGGAAAAGUGUGUAUCCCAUCCCCAAGUAUCCCACGUGUUUGCCACCUCACCACUGUUGAUCGAAGCCUGGAACAAGCGCUCCAGAAGUUCUGGGAACUGGAAGCUGUCGAACCCUGUUCAGUGCUAACCACAGAAGAAACCCACUGUGAAGAAAUCUAUUCCGCUACCACCACGCGCGAUUCGUCGGGUCGUUAUAUCGUUCGCUUGCCACUCACCCGCGAUCCGCUCGUCACCCUCGGCGCAUCCAGAACAAUCGCCGAACGUCGUUUCCUGAGCCUAGAGAAGAGACUGGAGCGUGAUCCCACCACUCGUGAAGCGUACUGUAAGUUCAUGGACGAGUACGAACGCCUCAACCACAUGCAUAAGGUCGACGAUCCCGUGGACGACAGCAUUCCGCUCUGCUAUCUUCCACACCACCCGGUAUUCAAAGCCUCGAGUACCACAACCAAAGUCCGUGUAGUUUUCGACGCGUCGUGCAAGACGGCGUCGGGAUUCUCCGUGAACGACCUGCAACUGGUGGGACCAGUCGUUCAGGAAGAUUUGCUGUCGAUCGUCAUGCGUUUCCGGACCUACCCAAUCGCGCUAGUAGCAGACUGUGAGAAAAUGUACCGCCAAGUUUUGCUACAUCCGGAAGACCGUCCGUACCAACGCAUCCUCUGGCGUCCCACUCCAACCCAACCGCUUGCGACGUACGAGCUGAACACCGUAACGUACGGUUUCGCAUCCUCGCCAUUCUUGGCAACCCGCACCCUCCUCGAGAUAUCCAAAGACGAAGCCAAGAACUACCCAGAAGCAGUCGAAGCAGUGAAGCAGGAUUUCUAUGUGGAUGAUUUCCUGUCUGGCGCUGAUGACCUCCCAUCCGCAACCCGAAUCCGGAAGCAAGUAUCCGCCAUGCUGCUAGCAGCCGGUUUCCCGCUGAAGAAGUGGGCAUCCAACGUUCCAGAGGCGCUAGCUGAUGUUCCGGAAGAAGAUCUUGCCAUCGUUCCGCUCCGUGACCUGAAGGACGACCAAUCGGUGUCUGUGCUCGGACUUGUUUGGGAUCCAGUUUCCGACACACUUCGUUUCAAGGUGGAACUUCCGCUACCCGCAGCUGUACUCACGAAGCGGAUCGUGAUGUCGUACAUCGCCAAGAUUUUCGAUCCAGCUGGCUUCAGUGGUCCAGUUAUCCUGCAAGCUGAAUGGAAAGCGUACCACAGUACGCUUGAAGAGUUGUCGAAAGUCCGGAUCCCAAGAUGUGUGUACCUGCCAACCGCCAUGUCCGUCGAGCUGCACUUCUACUCUGAUGCGUCGGAGAAAGCCUACGGAGCCAACUGUUACGUGCGCUGUGAGACGGUCAAAGGUAUCCAAGUGAGACUGUUGGCGUCAAGAUCCAAGGUCGCUCCGCUGUCCAAGCUCCAAUCCAUCGCCGAUCUUGAGUUGUGUGGAGCUGAACUGUCCGUGAAGCUGUACAAGAAGGUGGUGAAAGCCAUCAAGAAGCCGGUAGAAGUGUUCUUCCAUACAGACUCGAUGAUCGUACUGCAGUGGUUGCAGUCUCCACCAGCCCGUUGGAAGACAUUUGUGGCGAACCGAGUAGCACGGAUCCAAGCCGAAACCAACGUGAGACGCUGGCGAGAUGUUCCCGGAAUCUGUGACCCAGCCGACGUCCUCUCCCGUGGCCUGAGCCCCAUCGAGCUUGUGAACUGUUUGCUGUGGUGGUUUGGCCCGGAGUACCUGUCCAAGUCCCGUGAACACUGGCCACGCUCUGUGAUUCCCGAUGUCGAUCCUGCUACUCUACCUGGAGCAAGAAGCAAGGCCGCCGUGAUGCUGAUCACCGCUGCCGAUCCGAAGUUCUCCGAUGAGCUGUUCAGCCGUUUCUCCGAUUACUUCCACCUACGUCGCACUGUUGCUUACUGGAGAAGAUACUUCCGUAUCCUGAAAGCUGUAUCCAAGAAAGAGAAGCCAGAGCGUCCCGAAAUUCUCACUGCCGCCGAGCUGCGUGACGCUGAGAUCGCUCUGUGCCGUGUAGCCCAGCGAGACAUGUUUGCAGAAGAUGCUGCCGACCUGGUCUCCAAGGAACGAGUAUCACCGUCGUCGCCGCUGAAGUGGCUCAACCCGAUCCUGCACGGUGACGGACUCAUUCGAGUCGGCGGAAGACUCAGCAAUGCUGCAGUUCCUGAUGAAGUAAAGCACCCGAUCGUGCUGUUGGCGAAGCAUCCGCUUUCCAUCCUGUUGGCGAAAUCGUACCACGUUGAUUUGUUGCACGCUGGCCCCCAGCUGAUGCUUGCUACGAUUCGCCAGAAGUUCUGGAUCAUCGGUGGCCGGAAUCUGGUCCGCCAAACCUACCAUCUCUGCAAAGAAUGUUUCCAGAACAAGCCAACCCUAGUGAAGCAGAGCAUCGCCGAUUUGCCAACCUCACGUGUCACCCCAACCAGACCGUUUGCUGUGAGCGGUGUAGAUUAUUGUGGACCUUUCUACAUCAAGUCGCCCAUCCGAAACCGAGCUCCAACCAAAGCGUAUGUCGCUAUUUUCGUGUGUUUCGCAACACGUGCUGUGCACAUUGAACUAGUGUCGGACCUAUCCACCCAAGCUUUUCUGUCCGCACUUCGUCGUUUUGUCGCACGCCGUGGAAGACCGAAGGAGAUCCACAGCGACAACGGAACAGCGUUCAAGGGCGCAUCCAACGAGCUCCGCAAGGUCUACAGCAUGCUGAAAACCGAUCAAGAAAGCCGGAAGUCGAUUCUCGAUUACUGCGCUGCAAACGAGAUAACCUGGCAUUUCAUCCCACCGCGUGCUCCACACUUUGGCGGACUGUGGGAAGCAGCCGUCAAGUCAGCGAAGCACCACCUGUUACGUGAGAUCGGCAACACCAACGUGAGUUACGAGGACAUGAGCACUCUACUAACCCAGAUCGAGAUGUGCUUGAACUCCCGACCCCUCGUGCCAAUCCCAAGCGAUCCCUCGGACCUAGAGGUCCUGACACCAGGCCACUUCCUGGUCGGCACGAACCUGCAAGCUGUUGAAGAACUUAACCUGGCCGACGUUCCGGACAAUCGUUUGUCGCACUGGGAGCUGACACAGAAGCGUUUCCAGAGAAUCUGGUCGAGAUGGUAUCCUGAGUAUCUGCAACAGCUCCAGUCGCGCGCAGUCAAGAGCUGCAAGAAUCCCGUCACGAUCGUACCAGGACGAGUUGUGCUGAUCAAAGACGACAACCUGCCGCCGCCGCAGUGGCCGCUAGGCCGAAUCACCCACGUCCAUCCCGGCAAAGACGGCGUUGUUCGCGUCGUCACUUUGAAAACAGCAACAUCGGAUGCCGUCGUCAGGCCAGUCGCCAAGAUCGCACUCCUGCCAGUUCCGGCCGAGUCGGAGCAGCAGCUUAAUCCGGCUUGCAGUAAUUGA